AAUAGUUGAAUAACUACUGAUUAUUUUCUGGGCCUUUCUGGUUUAUAACUUCAGAAGAAACAAUGGAAAGCCAAGAAUUUAUUGUCCUAUACACUCAUCAAAAGAUGAAGAAAUCAAAAGUAUGGCAAGAUGGAAUUCUAAAGAUCACUCACUUAGGAAACAAAGCAAUUUUAUAUGAUGAUAAAGGAACAUGUUUGGAGAGUCUGUUUCUUAAGUGCCUUGAGGUGAAACCUGGAGACGACUUAGAAAGUGAUCGAUACUUAAUCACAGUUGAGGAAGUUAAAGUUUCUGGAAGUAUAGCUAUUAAACAGGAUGUCAUUAAAGAGGCACCAGAGUCAAAUUCAAGGAAGUAUGUAUCCUCUGGCCAGUCUCUUGGAUGUCAGCCCGCUGGUUUAAAAAGGAAGUUUUCUGGUUUUCAAGGACCACGUCAGGUCCCAAAGAAAAUGGUUAUUACAGAAAAUGGUGAAUCAGCUGCAUCACUUGAGGAUAAAAAACCUGGCCCUACUGUUUUUUCUUCAUUCUACUGCACAUCUCCUUUAUUUUCUACCACUGGCAAGAAAGAUAUAAAUAAUAUGCCAACGGACCCUGAGAACAUUGUUGCCUAUAAGAACAGAGAGAGAAAUGGCAUGCUUUUUCCUUCAGUUGUCUCUACUCCAUCCUCCAAGAUUAACCUGGAUAUGCUAUGUGAAGAAAAUUAUUUUACCUCUCCUAUCAGUUCAGGAAGUAGGCAUUCAGACUCUUUACUGACCAAUGAGCCCAUAAAAAGAUAUAGUUUGGCAUCUCGCUAUUCAGGAGUUUCACAAAACAUCAGAAGCAAAGCACAGAUAUUAGCUCUUCUGAAAUCCAAAUCAACUAGUACAUGUAAGGAACUAAAUUCUGAGAUUACAGAACAUUUUCUUCAGAUACAACCACAAGAAAUUUUAAAAAUCCCCGCCAAACCAAAGUGCUUAAUUCAACAGGAAGAGUCUGCUGAGGUGAAGAGCACAGAAAAUUUACACUACCAUCAUCAAUCAGAAAAUACUAUGAGAAAUAAAAGCCGGUGGUCGAUGUAUUUAUUCUCACAGAAAUCACCUAUACAUUCUUCUGCUACAGAUGGAAAUGACAUAGAAAGGAAACCCAAGGCCCAGGAAGAUGAUAUAAAUUUGAAUUUGAAAGACCUUUUGGUACAAAAAAAGGUACAGUUCUUUGAAACAUGUGCUGAAAAGGGGAAAAAGUAUAAUGAAGACAAGCCAGUAGAUCUUAAUGAUCAAUUCUGUAAUCAGGAAGUAAAAUUAGAAAUGCCUUCAUUCUGUGAAAGCAACAGCUUACUGAUUACCUGUAGCAGUGCAGAGAAUGAUGGUUUAUUAUCAGAAUUUGACAUUCAAGAAAAUAAUAAAAAGCCCUUUAAUCAAAAUAACAAGGUGUGCCUAAAAGGAUCAAUUCUCAUUAGAGAAAAUGCUGAGGAGGUAAAUAGAUGUGAAACACCAGAAAAGGAGCAUAAACAACUUGAGUCGUCUCUGCCAGAAUCAGAACAUCUACAAAUUGAAACUUCUGUAACCAGCAAUUCUAGGAUCUCUGAUGACAUUUCAGACAUGUUUUCUAAACAUAAUACUGAUGCUGAAAGUCUUAAUAGUAUUCAUGAAUCUCAAAGCAAAGUAACACAACCAUUGUUGGAGGUAAAUUUUGAUCUGGACAAUUUUGAGACCAGUGACACGGAAGAGGAAUCACAGGAAAGCAACAAAAUUUACCAGGAUUCAGAGAGUUGGGUAAAUGAAGUUUUGGUUAAUAACAGCAAUGCAUGUGUUCAAAAGAGAUGUGAGAAUAUAAGCUGUCAAGUAAUUGGCAAUGAACAUUUGCCACUCUUAACAUCUAUUGGUGGCAAACCUACAGAGACAUUUCCUACUCAAGAGACUCUGCCACCAUCACAGUUUUGUGAUGAAACUUGUGUAGCUUUUGACAUGGGACCUUGUGAAGAUGGAAACACUGCAAAAGAAAUAGAGGAGGAGUAUAGUAACAUAUUAAGCCAUUUUGACACAUCUUUAGAGUGGACUUCUGAUGUAUUUGUAGGUAAUAAAGAAGAUGCUAAUAAAUCUAUCCAAAAAGUUAGAAUUAACUGUGAUUUUGCUUCACUCCCUAAUAAAUCUAAAGAUAUAAAUACGAAUUUAUGUAUUCCUCCUUUUCCAAACAUAGCCACUGAUCAGACUCCUGAAAACAAUAACCUGUUUUUAGAAGAUGCUCAACCUCAGUCUUGUAUUUUGGGAAGUGACUUAGACAAAAAAGAUGAACAGGUUUUACCAUCAACUUCUAGCAGUGACAACAGUAUCCAACUAUUAAAUACCAGUCAGAAUCACUCUGAAUGUACUGCACUUGAUAAACCAAAUACCCAAGUUUCCAAUUCUUUGUUUUACUCUCUGGGAAUAAAGCAUCCUAUUUCCAAAUACAUAGAAACAGAUAUUCCUGAAUCUGAAGAUUUGGUAAAGAUUAGAGGUUCAUCCCAGGACCACGUUGAAGUCGAAACUGUCAGAAAAAGCAAACAAUACUGGAACAGUCCUAGAAAUUCUUCAGAACUUUCUGGAUUAAUAAAUAACAUUUCCCUUUUAAAGUCACUGUCUGAGCACAGUACAGCUUUAGACAGCUUGGAAGUACUGAAAAAGGAAAAUACUGCCUUUAAACAACAAGGAACUCGGCAGACAUAUGAGCUGGAUAGCAGUCCUGAAGCUAAGAAUCCAUUUACUACAGUAGUUUCACAAGCUAUAUCAAAGUUUCAUCUGAACCAGGAUUCUCAGCAGAUACUCAAAGAAAAUGAUGUUGAACCAAGUGAACCACUUCAGUCUUUGCAGUUCCCUUCCUUGGGAAGUGACGAAGAGACUGCUUUUCUAGCUGUUAUUCCUAAACAAAUAGACAGAAAAACCUGUGACCAUAAGCCUGUUGAGUUUCAGGGGCAUCAAGUGAAAGGAUCAGCUACUAGUGGUGUAAUGAUCAGAAGACACAGAUCACAGCUAGGAUGCAGUCAAUUUCCAGAUAGCACUGAAUAUGAAAACUUCAUGACAGACACUUGUUAUUUGACACCAAAAUUGCCUGACACUUGUAUGCAGAUUGACUUCAUGCAGGUAACAUCACCAAGACAAAAGAUCUCUACAUUGAGCCCUAUUUCUACUUUUUCUUUGAACUCAAGAGAUGAAGACUUCGUGCUAGAGUUCUCUGAGGAGUCCCUGAAAGCAAGAACUUUACUUGGUGAUCUUCACUUUCUCAAUGUGGAGGGAAUGAAAAAAUUCAGUUCUCUAGAGAAUAAAAACCUUCAAAAGCUACCAUUAGUAAGUAGAGCCCAAGUUCCACUUAUUACUUUGCCACCUACAGAUGAGUCACUGGACUUAGAUUCUUGUUCAUAUGUGAUCAACUGUGACACACAAGAGUCUUCUGGUUCCCCCAUGUUCAACCUGUGUGAAGAGCCAGCAGUUCUUUCUUUUAGCUUUGGGCCUGAGGACCAAAGUGAAAUUUCUUUGUCUGAAGAAUCUAGGGAAGAGACUCCAAGGGAUGUUUUACUUCUCAGUAAUAUGUCUACUCAAAGCAAGUGGCUGAAAUAUCAAAACACAUCCCAAUGCAACUUGACUACUCCAAAUGGAAUUGAUAAGAAAGUAACAGCUGGCUUUUUUGCUGAGGAUGUUUCUAGGAUACAUUUUAGUGACACAGGCGAAAGGCAGAACGAUGCUAUGAAUCAAAGCUCCUUAGACUCUGAGCAUUUGCAAGUGAUAAAAGAUAUGCUCUAUCAACAGCAGCAGAAUUUUAGCAGUCAAGAUUUGGCUUCCAGAGAGAUAGUACUUUCUUUGAAUUUAAAGCAGACAUCCAAGACUGAGGAAGUUCAAAAUGAGUUAGGAGGGUCCGCCUGCUACAAGUACAGUGUAAAAGAUUUACAGGAGAUAAACAGUUCUGAGCUAUGCUUCCCAAGUGGGCAGAAAAUAAAAUCUGCUUAUCUUCCUCAGAGACAAAUUCACAUACCAGCUGUUUUUCAGUCUCCUGCUCAUUAUAAGCAGACUUUUACAUCUUGUCUCAUAGAACAUCUAAACAUAUUGCUUUUUGGGUUGGCAAAAAGGUUGCACAAAGCUCUUUCAAAAGUUGACCUGUCAUUCUACACAUCAUCAAGAGGAGAGAAAUUGAAAAACAUAGAAAAUAAUGUGCCACUUUGCCAUCAUAAUCAACCUGCAAAACUUGUCAUGGUUAAAAAGGAAGGUCCAAAUAAGGGUCGUCUCUUUUAUGCAUGUGAUGGACCCAAAGCUGAUCAAUGUAAAUUUUUCAAAUGGCUUGAGGAAGUGACUCCAGGAUAUUUAACACAGGAAGAAUCUCUACCUAGCAUGGUUUUAAGUGAUAUUAAGAGUAUUGGCUUGUACUUAAGAAGUCAAAAGAUACCACUCUAUGAGGAAUGCCAGCUUUUGGUGAGAAAAGGAUUUGAUUUUCAGAGAAAACAGUAUGGCAAACUAAAGAAGUUUAUGACUGUAAAUCCUGAGUUUUACAAUGAACCAAAAAGCAAACUUUAUCUGAAGCUGAGUCGGAAGGAAAGUUCUUCAGUUUAUAGCAAAGAUGAUCUUUGGGUGGUUUCAAAAACCCUAGACUUUGAACUGGAUACUUUUAUUGCAUGUAGUGCUUUCUAUGGACCAUCAUCUAUCAAUGAGGUAGAGCUUCUACCUUUGAAAGGCUAUUUCCCUUCUAAUUGGCCCACUAAUGUAGUCGUCCAUGCAUUAUUGGUUUGUAAUGCUAGCACAGAGCUGACUACUUUGAAAAACAUUCAGGACUACUUUAAUCCAGCUACUCUACCACUAACGCAAUACCUGUUAACAAUGUCUUCGUCAGCUUCACUUAGCAACAAGAGAGUCAAUAAGAGAAAAUUUAUCCCACCAGGCUUCACAAAUAUAAACACAAAAUUUGAACUACUCAGCCUAGGAGCAGCAUUGCAGUUAGCUAGUGAGUUAAUUCAGGCACACAAGUUAAACAAGGAUCAAGCAACGGCUCUAAUUCAAAUAGCUCAAAUGAUGGCAUCACACGAAAAUGCUGAAGAGGUGAAAGAACUGCAAACCCAUACCCUCCCUAUCACAAUCAUACAUGGUGUUUUUGGAGCAGGAAAGAGUUAUUUGCUGGCAGUGGUGAUUUUGUUCUUUGUACAGCUAUUUGAAAGGAGUGAAGCUCCUACAGUUGGAAAUGCAAGGCCAUGGAAACUUCUGAUUGCUUCUUCUACUAAUGUAGCUGUUGACAGAGUACUUCUUGGGCUUCUCAGUUUUGGAUUUGAAAAGUUUGUCAGAGUUGGAAGUGUUAGGAAGAUUGCCAAACCAAUUUUACCUUAUAGCCUGCAUGCUGGCUCAGAAAAUGAAAAUGAACAAUUAAAAGAACUACACGCUCUAAUGAAAGAAGACCUAACUCCUGUGGAAAGAGUCUAUGUGAGAAAAAGUAUUGAGCAGCAUAAACUGGGGACCAAUAAAACCCUGCUGAAGCAGGUUCGAGUAGUUGGAGUUACCUGUGCAGCCUGCCCAUUCCCAUGCAUGAGUGAUCUUAAAUUUCCUGUGGUAGUGCUGGAUGAGUGUAGUCAAAUAACUGAACCAGCCUCUCUACUUCCCAUUGCAAGGUUUGAAUGUGAAAAGCUGGUUCUUGUUGGAGACCCCAAACAGCUGCCUCCUACUAUUCAGGGUUCUGAUGCAGCUCAUGAAAAUGGAUUGGAACAAACUCUUUUUGAUCGACUUUGCUUAAUGGGUCACAAGCCAGUUCUAUUGAGAACCCAAUAUCGUUGUCACCCUGCAAUUAGUGCUAUUGCUAAUGAUCUGUUUUAUGAAGGAAACCUCAUGAAUGGUGUUUCGGAAACAGAGAGGAGCCCUUUAUUGGAAUGGCUACCAACCCUAUGUUUCUAUAACGUUAAAGGACUGGAACAGAUUGAAAGAGAUAACAGCUUUCAUAACGUGGCAGAAGCUACUUUUACACUCAAGCUGAUUGAGUCACUGAUUGCAAGUGGAAUAGCAGGCUCUAUGAUUGGGGUAAUAACAUUAUACAAAUCCCAGAUGUACAAGCUUUGUCAUUUACUUAGUGCUGUGGACUUUGACCAUCCUAAUAUUAAAACUGUGCAGGUGUCCACAGUAGAUGCUUUUCAGGGAGCUGAAAAGGAGAUCAUUAUUCUGUCCUGCGUAAGGACAAGACAAGUAGGCUUCAUUGAUUCAGAAAAAAGAAUGAAUGUUGCAUUGACAAGAGGAAGAAGGCAUUUGCUGAUUGUGGGAAAUUUAGCCUGUUUGAGGAAAAAUCGACUAUGGGGGCGUGUGAUCCAACACUGUGAAGGAAGGGAAGAUGGAUUGCAACAUGCAAGUCAGUAUGAACCACAGCUGAACAUUCUCCUUAAAGAUUAUUUUGAAAAACAAGCAGAAGAAAAACAGAAGAAAAAGAGUGAGAAAGGUCAAUCUAAAGAUAAAUCUCUUUCACAAAAAGACAUGGUAUAGAUAGUUUGUAUUUAUGUAAAUUCAUACUCAUUUUACACUAUAUAAUUUUUUAUGUUUUUAUUACUCUAAAACCCCUAUUAUAAAAAAAAUACAUGAUGAUAUUUAAAUAACAUACUAAAUAAACACAUUUAAAACUUUGCUCUUCAAAAAAGUAUAUGUUACCUCCAUUAAGAUAGGCAGAUGUUGAAGGUAAUAUAAAAUCUUACUGAUAAAAACAUUUUUUUCU